AUGCCACCAAAACGUACAGCAGGCAAUGCCGCUUCCGGUGGUCGAAAGAAAGGCGGUGCGGCUUCUUUAUAUGAAAUGGCUGAACCAUUUGCAAAUGGUACUAUUCUAACAGAUCUUUGUCAUAAAACAUGGUCAAUUGGUAAUACAAUUGGACAAGGUGGUUUCGGUUGUAUCUAUGAAUGUCGUAGUACAUCAGCAAAAACGCCAAUUUAUGUUGUUAAAGUCGAACCUGAUUCCAAUGGACCACUUUUUUGUGAAAUGCAUUUCUAUUUGCAAUUAGGAAAAAAAACUUUACAAGAUACAUUUAUUAAAGCCAAUCAACUUGAUCAUUUAGGUGUACCACAAUUAGUUGCACACGGCAUGCACGUUAGUCCAACAUCAAAACGUCGUUAUCGAUUUCUAAUCAUUCCAUUUUAUAAGCAAACACUUGCUGCUGAAUUACAUUUAUCGAAUAAUAAUAUUGGCCAUUGUCUCGAUGAGAAACGUGUACAAUCCAUCGGCAAACAAAUACUUGAUACAUUUGAAUAUAUGCAUUCCCACGGUUAUGUACAUGCUGAUAUUAAAGCUGAAAAUAUUCUUAUGAACGAUUCUGUACAUAUUUAUUUACUUGAUUAUGGCCUCAGUCGAAAAGCUUCAUUACAAUAUGAAGAAAAAAUUCAGCGACGACACGAAGGCACCCUAGAAUUUACGUCCAUCGAUGUUCAUCGUGGUGCUAUACCAUCGUUUCGAGGUGAUUUGGAAAUUCUCUUUUAUAAUAUGUUGCAUUGGCUCGGUGCACGUUUACCAUGGAUAACAAUUACGGAUGGUGCACGCGUUCAACAAGCUAAAAUGACAGCACGUAGUGAUCCAUCGGGUUUUGUUCGAAGUAUAUUCGCAAAUAAGAAUUCAAUUUCAUCGAAAAUGCUUGAUGCUUUAACACAAUUUUUUCGAGAAAUUAUAGAAAUGAAUUAUACUGAUAAAGGUGAUUAUCAACGUUUAAGAGAAAUAAUUGCAUGUAAAUCUCGUCAACGACGUUCAUCAAUUGGUGCAGUUUCAUCACGAAAACCAAUUAUUAAUUUAGUAAAACAUGACGACGAAGAAGAAGAUGACGAAAAACCUCAAGUACCCAAGAAAAGAAAUUCACCACGUCGUCCAGCGACAGCAGCAGCAGCAGCAGCAGCAGCAGCAACAACAACAACAACAACAGUAACAACAAAUCGCGCACGAAGUGCUUCACGUGAUCGUGAUCGAAGAAAAAGUCGAAAUGCAACACGUUCACCAUCGCCACCCAUUCAAAUGCUUUCUGCGCGCACGCCAACAUUAAAUAUGCUUAGCAAUCUUUCAAAUCAUUCAAAAAACAAAAUUUCCCAUCAUGAUAUUGAAGAUGAUGAAAAUGAUAUUGACAUGAAUGUAAUUCUCAAUCCAGCAUUAAGUUCCACACGUAUCGAACGGCCACGUCGAGUACAUGCACCUAUACCAACACAACCGCCUAAAGUAACAAAUGAUUAUUACAAUAAAGCAUUCAAUCUGAAGACUGAAGAUACAGUUGCUAAGAAACAACCGAUUCCACCAAACCAAAAUUCAAAAGAUGAAAGAGAACAUUCAGAUAUUAUUUCAAAAGUACUUGCUGGUAUACCAUUAUCAGAUAGUGAAAUUCGCCGAGUUAUUCAUCGACCUAAAUAA